CGGCGUCAGAACCAAUGCCGUGAUACAAUUGGCAGUUACUACUGCAAGGAUCAAGCUUGCCAGAAACUGGAGAAAGAUGGCAGAGGAUGUGAAGAUGUCGAUGAAUGUGUGGUGGUGAAUGGAGGCUGCCAGCAGUGCUAUAUUAACACUCUGGGCACCUUCCACUGUGAAUGUGAUACGGGAUACGGACUCCAUGCUGAUGAACGCACCUGCAUAAAGAUGGAUCCCUUCACAGGUGGGAAUGGAUGUGCCCACAUCUGUCAGAAUGAGAAUGGUGUGACCAGGUGUGUCUGUUGCCCAGGGUACCAGUUGUCUAACGACAAAAAGGCCUGUGGAGAUAUGAAUAAGCAUGCUGAAGGGCUGGCUCCCUGCAGCCAUCGCUGUGGGAACACAAUGGGUUCUUUCAUUUGUGCCUUCCACCCUGGCUCUGAGCUGGAAGCUGAGGGAAAGCAGAGUUCCAGGUUUGUAUUGGAAAUUGUCAAUAGCUGUGAAAAGAACAAUCAUGGUUGUUCCCAUCAUUGUGAACAUGUAGUUGGGCAGGGGUGGGGGGAUUUUUCCUGCAACCGUAGAUACCAGCUUAAUUCAGAUGGGAAAGCAGGCAUAGAUACUGAUGAAUGUGAGAGUGGAGAAGCCUGCUGUACCCAACUCUGCAUCAGCUAUUUAGGAUGCUAUAAAUGUCAAUGUCAGGAGCGCUUUAUCAGUUCUGAUGGUGGCAGAUAUUAUGCCUUAGAUGAUGGUGAGCUGGAAGAAGAAGAAGAAGAAUUAGAAUUUGUAAGGUUUCCAGUCCUUCUAUUCAAGAGCCCACCUCAAUGGCUUCAUGAUGUCUCCACCUCUCUGCCUCCCACCCAUGAAGAUAAAGAAGAUGAGGAGGGUGAGGAAACAUGUAUUUGAGGAGAACUGCUUUGAGCAAAACUGGGCUUCAAAUACCCGUGUGUAUUUGCAGUUAAACUGGUUUUAAACUAGUUUCUAUUUGGAAUUCAGAAAAGCAAGGAAGAAAACAUGAUAUUUUUCUCAUCCAUUCAGAAAUAUUAUUGGGAAUUUUGCAUUGGAAUCACAGAGAGCCGGACAGUUUGUGCACCAGGCACAUAUGGGAAGGACUGUAAACAGGUAUGUCAGUGUUCAGCUGAGAAUGAAGAGUGUCACCUAGUCACGGGGAGAUGUACCUGUCUGCCCGGCUACCAUGGAAACCGCUAUCAUCUCCGUAUGCCCUAUUGAAUGUUUGUGAAGGAAAAAAGAAGUUCUUAGGAGGACCAAUGAAUGUUAUAUACCGAAGAAGGGACAAUGAGCUAUGGGAACUGACAUUCCUUGGGAAGAGAGAAUGACAGAAGAGACUGUAAAUUGAAGCCAUCAUUUUUAAUAGAGAGGAAUAAAGAAAUACAACAACUACAGCACAGAAAUAACAUUUGGAUGCCCAAAGGCACUUAAGGUUUUAAUUGCCAAAGGAUGUGCAAGUGCCUUAAUGGCAGCAGCUGUGACACUGUGAUUGGCACCUGUUACUACCCUCCUGGCUUCACUGGGGCUGACUGCAGUCAAAUUUGUCCUGUGGAUCACUAUGGGCAGGACCGUGUCCAGCAGUGUUCCUGUGGCUCAGGACAGUGUGACCCAGUGACUGGAGGGUGCCAAUGUCCACCUGGCCAAAUGGGAGCCAGGUAUCAGCAAGAAUGUUCUCCUGGUUAUUAUGACCCAGUCUGCCAUUUUAACUGCUGAUGUCAGAACAAUGGAAUUUGCAAUAGGUUUUCUGGAAGCUGUGCCUCCGAGUUUACCAUGGAAGGGACUGCAAAUGCGGAAAACAGAAAUAAUGAGUGGGCAUAUUAAGUGUGCCUUCCUGGAUUUUAUGGCUUGAAUUGUGGCCACAUCUGUCACAGCAAAAACGGAGCCAGUUGUGAUUCAACGAGUGGAUAGUGCAUUUGCCCAGCAGGUUUCCAUGGCAGCCAGAGUGAUAAAGCCCAUCUCUGGUCUGAACAGGGAAAGACAAAGUGAAAUGAAGUCUCAAAGUUACCAAGAAGAUUAAAUAAAAACACAGUGCAAUACCUGCACCAUAUAGAUUCUCAGUAAAUGUGACAAAUCACCAGUGCUUUCACAGUUCCUGAUAUCAUUUGCCAACCUCCUCUAAAAGUGUCCCAGAUUAACAGUGAACAACCAGGACAGCAUGGUUUCUGCAUUUCCAGCUCUAACAGUCUGUAAUUCUAUGAUGGCAACCAUUUGGGGUCUGGUGAUGUCACUGACAUCUGGAGAAGAGAAAAACAAGGCCACAGGAACCAGUUUGGAGAAUGAGAUCAAUUGGCAUACGAUUCCUGGUAAUUUCUACACCCAACAUGGGGUUCAAACUCAUGACCCUGGGAUCAAGAGUUGUAUGCUCUUCCGACUGAGCCAGCCAGGCUGAAAUAUGAUGGUGCGAAGACACUUUUUAAACCCCUGGCACUUCGAAUAAUGAUGGGCAGAUUGCCUUAAAGGAGAGAUACCUGGCUGCUUUCGCCACGCUGGAUUUACUGCCAAAAUUUUGAGAAGAAUAAAUGUUUAAACAUCAAGUAUUCCAGAAUUAAAAACUAGUUUAAGAUUUUUCUACA